CAAGCAAUAUUCAUUCUAUUUCACACUCUCGGACCAUUCAUUUCGGCCAACUUCUAAAUUUAUCAAAAUUCUUAGUUUUAUUUUCUAACAAAUUUUAACCAAAAACGCCCAAGUCCUUAACAUGUGUGACGGCGGAUCGAUGGAGCCCCGGGGAUGCCAGAGUCGCGAGCUGCGAUGUGGCAUUAUGUACACCACUUGUGACUGUGUGAAGCGCAACGGGCUCCAGGACAAGUGCCCACGAUCCGCAUGCCAGGGCCGGCCGGCGUGCCUGUGUUUCCCCUUCCCGUCCUGCGGUCCGGCUGCCUUCCCGCUGCGCUUCGCCAACAUGACCAUGGGCGUGAACAAUAAGCGCAUGCGUUGCGCCGCCACAGGAGCUGCGUCUGGCGGUGCUGACUGCGGUGGUCGCGUAGCCGGCGGAUGCUGCGGAGGCGGUGGUGGUGGCGGCGGCUCUGGAUGCGGUGGCUCUGGAGGUGGCUGCUUCGGACCUUGUAAUGAAACACCAUGCUGUGGCCCACACAGUCCGCCGUGCGGAGCUCCUUCACCCAUUCCCUGUUCCCCGGCACCGGGCAUGUGCGUGCCCCCACUGCCCGAGGGCGGUAUUCCCGAUCCGCGUGUCUGGAAUUACUGUAACACACCCCCAACGUAUCCAUGUGGCUUCUAAAUAAUCCUCCGAGAUCUUCUGCGUCCCCCCUACAAGUCGGGAGAGAGGGAUGUGAUACGGAUGGGACAUGUUGAGCAAGUACUUGUGUGGCGAUCUUUUGGUUGAUACAAAAUUCAAAGUGGCCUGAGUCAGGACAGGUGAUGCUGCGGUAACUAUCCAUCGGCUGGCGGAGAUCACCAGUACGGACCGCUGCAUUCAGGACAACUUUCUGACUUUCGCUUCUACAUUCUUAAUUUGUUCACUCUUUUGGCAAUAAAUUAUAAAAAUGGAGCUGAAAAUAAAGGUGCAAUAGAUAGGGA